ACCUUCAUCAAGAAGGUUAUUUAGUAGUAUUGGAAGCCAUGAUUUGUCUAAAGCUAUUUCCGAGCUCAAUCAGGAAAUGGAAUCUGUAUUUGGUGAACCUCCUCCAUCUAGCCUUUCUGGUUCCAUUGAUAAUCAAAGUAUGACACGAGACUUGAAGCUUAAUACUGUAGAAAUGGAUGGUAAAGAAUCUUUCGCUAGAUUGACACAUAUUGGCAGCAAAGGUGAAGCUCAAAUGGUGGAUGUAUCUCGUAAAGAUAUUAGCAAGAGAGUGGCCAUUGCACAUGGCAAGGUUAUUCUAGGACAGAAGGUAUUUGAUCUGGUUUCAGCCAAUCAAAUGGGAAAAGGAGAUGUCCUGAGUGUGGCAAAGUUAGCUGGAAUUUGUGGAGCAAAGCAAACCAGCAAUCUCAUCCCACUAUGUCACAACAUCAACUUGACACAUGUACGAGUGGACUUGGCUUUGAACCCGCAAGAUUUUAGUGUUGAAAUAGAAGGGGAAGCUGCCUCAGAUGGAAAAACUGGUGUGGAGAUGGAAGCCUUGACAGCGGUAACUGUUACUGGUCUAACACUGUAUGACAUGUGCAAGGCUGCUUCAAAGAAUAUCCAGAUUACAGAUAUCAGGCUUGAACACAAAACUGGAGGUAAAAGUGGGGACUGGUCCAGGGAGAAAUGAUCACAAUCUAAAGACGUAAGAAGGCAAGUGCAUUAACCGCAUGAAAGUCGCUGCUUGGGGGAAUGAUGUAUGUCACUUCCGUCAAAUGUCUUUUUCCUACAAAAUAUGGUAAUUCUCCAUCAGGUUAUAAGUCGAUAGCUAGUGAAAACAUGGUCCAUCCAUUAACACAAAAUCGUGAAGUUUAUUCUAACAGGAUCUGUUGUGUACAACAAUUGUUUUAGAACAUUUUCCUUGCUUUCGUAUUUAUU